UCUGGUCAUUGUUUUGUCUGCGACUUUUGUUUGUUGACUUUUUAAUACGCGUUAAAAUAAUCUUAAUAAUGGCCGAAGAAAUCGAUGAUAACGAAUUCUAUAGAGAAAACUUUAGCGCCGACUCCGAUUGGGAGGUGUUCAAUGCCCAGCUGGGCGAAAUACUCCAAAAAUGGGAUGUUUCCUCCGACUCUGACGUAGGCCGGAGUCUGCGACCCGAGGAAAUCUUUCGUUGCAAGUGGAAGGUGCAACAAGAGAAACUGGACAUACUAAUGAAUACGAAUGGCAUUGAAGUGGAGUACCAUCAAGCCAUAUUGGAGGAGGAUGAAUUGGGAGCACGGGAGGAGAUCAAGGAAAAUACAUGCUUGCAACGCACCAUUUGCCACGAAGAUCUGAUGAGCAUUGGAAAUAGUUUUGGGCCACCAAUAAGGAACACGCAGGACCUGCACACGCUGGCCAGGAUCUACGGCCUGAGAAGGUUUAUUGUUAUGCAUCCUGCCAGCCCCAAUCUUAAAUACAUGAAAUCCACUUCGGAGUUUAAUUUCUUUUUGAGCGCCGCUGCUGUGGUGGCUGCGGAAGUUCAGAGUGUGGUGCCUAUAUUCGUACAGAUCUACGAUCCCAAGUGGAAUUUCUACACAGGCUUGGCCUUGGCACCUGCUCUGAGGACUAACUUUAGGCUGAUUGGGCUGGAGAGAGCUCCGCCAGAGUGCCGUUUUCUAAUGGGCUUGCUCACACUGUUCCGGGAAAAGGUACCUUCUUCCUAUAACCAGGCGGCCAAGAUUUCGGUUUGCACCACCUACGCCUUAGAUACCAUGCGCAUUCGCAUGCCCAUGUAUGUACCCUUCGAUCAUGGUCUCAGCUCCGAGGAUAUAGUCGUGGAUGGCGAGGUGUUCCAGCUUGAACUUCAACACUUUUACGCUCUGCCACACGGCUAUACUCCGGAGUCGUGCACGGAAAUUUACUUGGUUUACACUUGGCCAGAGUUAUCGGAGCAUGUAGCCUUCGAUAGUGAGCAAAGAACCGAUUUUGUUCCAUCGAAAGCUCCACUGGGAAAGGUCUACCUGUCCGUCGAGGCUUCCUCGUACCUCUCCUGUUGUCUGAAAGAUUACCAAUCGGUUGCUGGGAUUACUCGAUCGUUGGAAUCGUAUGUGGGUAGAAAUUUUUCGGGUAUCAGUAGCGGAGCUGAAGGCGCCUCAAAUCCUUUGGAUCGAAUCACCUCCCACCAGCUAUCCCCACGCAGAGAUCGCAGCUACAAUCUGCCGUCACAAGCUGGUCUAACGAAGCGUCUGCCAGGGCCCAUGACAGAGAGCGAAUUGAGCGAACUGCUGGCCUACCUGUUUCCUGAUAUGCAUCCAGAUAUGGCCCUGUAUCCAUAUUCAAAGAAGAACUUUAAGGAUAAGUUCGAUCCCAUGCGCAUCAAGAGUGCUGCUGCGGACUCUUUGGUGUGCCGCCUCAGCUGCCUCUUGGCCAACUGCCACGCCCACCUGGGAGGUGUCGAGGGCAUGGCCCAGCUGUGGGCCGCCUUCACUCGUCAACUGCGGCUGCUAUGGGAUAAUUCCUUGAUAGUGCCCGGGUAA